AUGGUGUGCCACCAGCUGCAGUGUGGCCAGGCCAUGGCAGCCCCCACAGGGGCCCACUUUGGGCCAGGCUCCGGGAAGAUCCUGCUGGAUGAUAUGCAGUGUGCUGGCACUGAGAGCCACCUGGGGGAGUGUGUGCACAGGGGUGAGGCUGAGCUCAACUGCGGGCACCUGGAGGAUGCCAGUGUCAUAUGUGCAGGUGAUGUGCUGUCAGCUACCAUACCCACAACACGCCCUCCUACUCUUCGCUCUAUAUUCACACCAGCAGGAGCCUGGAUGGCUGUGAGGCUGGUGAACGGCAUAGGGAGGUGCUCAGGCCGAGUGGAGGUUCUCAUCCAGGGCACAUGGGGAACCGUGUGUGAUGACCUCUGGGACCUGGCUGAGGCCACAGUGGUGUGCCGCCAGCUGCAGUGUGGCCAGGCCAUGGCAGCCCCCACAGGGGCCCACUUUGGGCCAGGCUCCGGGAAGAUCCUGCUGGACGAUGUGCAGUGUGCUGGCACUGAGAGCCACCUGGGGGAGUGUGUGCACAGGGGUGAGGCUGAGCUCAACUGCGGGCACCUGGAGGAUGCUGGUGUUGUCUGCACAGGAACCUGGAUGGCCCUGAGGCUGGUAAAUGGCACAGGGAGUUGCUCAGGCCGAGUGGAGGUUCUCAUCCAGGGCAGGUGGGGGACUGUGUGUGAUGACCUCUGGGACCUGGCUGAGGCCACAGUGGUGUGCCGCCAGCUGCAGUGUGGCCAGGCUGUGGCAGCCCCCUCAGGGGCCCACUUCGGGGCAGGGUCUGGGAAGAUCCUGUUGGAUGAUGUGCAAUGUGUGGGCAGUGAGAGCCACCUUGGGCAAUGCGUGCACAGAGCUGAGGCCGGGCACAACUGUGGGCACCUGGAGGACGCCAGCGUCAUCUGCGCAGCCUAUGAGAACCUGCUUCCCACAUCAUUGGUGAUAUCAGCAGCUCAACACCCACCUUCUUCUGCACCUCCAGAUCGCCCACUGGCUGUCAUAGCAGGAACAAUGGCCACAGAAAAAUCUAGGUGUGGCAGAGUAAUUACCAACUCAUCUGGAGCUAUUAGGAAUCCCCCACAGAACAAAAUGCAUGACAACAUAACCUGUGUGUGGGAAAUCAAGGCUAAUGCAUCUGAUCACAUACUGCUGGCAUUUCCAUAUCUUAACCUAGAUUGCACCAAUGAAUAUUUUGAAAUCCUGGACGGCCCUCCAUCCUCAUCAAAGUCCCUGGGGAAGACCUGCUCUGGGUCCUACCUCACCUACUCGUCCUCCUCCAGCUCACUGACCCUCGUGUACUUCCGAAGCUUCAACAACAUAGGGAAAAACUUCGUUGCUUAUUAUUAUUCUGCAGCCAAAGGGGCAAGUUCAAGGACCCCACAUCUAAUCACAAUCCCAACAGCAACACCCAAGACAGUGACAGCAAGACCAGAGCUCAACCAGCUCAUGGGCAAUGUGCGGUGUCUCUAGAAGACAAUGAUCACCAGCUCUCUAUCUGCAGGGGACUGGCCAGAGCUGCGGCUGGUAGGCGGCUCAGGUCAGUGCUCAGGACGCGUGGAGGUCCUCCACCAGGGGGCCUGGGGCACCGUGUGUGAUGACCUCUGGGACCUGAACGAAGCCGAGGUCGUGUGCCGACAGCUGGGGUACGGACGGGCCCUGUCCGCCCUGGGGAAGGCCCACUUCGGCCCGGGCUCUGGAAACAUCUUCCUGGACAACCUGCAGUGCUCCGGGGUGGAGCUCUACCUGGGCCAGUGUGCCCACUCGGGCUGGUCGGAGCACAACUGUGGCCACCACAAGGAUGCCGGCGUCAUCUGCUCAGAUGCAGAAGAGCUGCCUCCUCCCACACCUCCAGGUCUUUCCACAGCUUCUCGGGAUUAUAUAACAGGGGGAAGUAGCGCCUGCGGAGGGGUCUUGUCAAGUCUCUCUGGCUCCUUUUCCAGUCCACUGUACCCGGAAAGCUACCCGACGGACAUCCAGUGUGUUUGGGAGAUUCAUGUGGAUAAAAAGUUCCGCAUAGAACUCAUGAUUCCAACUUUGAACCUGGAGGAUAUCCUUGGAUGCCCCUACGACUCCGUUGAAAUCUUCGAUGGCCCCAGGAUUGCCUCGCUGUCCAUGGGGAAGUUCUGUGCCUCAGCAGCUGUGAUAUUUUUCUCCUCCUCAGACAUCAUGACCGUGGUGUUCCAAAGUGAUUCUAUGAUCACCAACACUGGCUUUUAUGCUCUGUUCAAUGCAAUUCCACAGGGCGAAGGAGAGUCAGAAGAUGGACCCCAGCUGCGGCUGGUGGGCGGAUCUGGACGGUGCUCAGGACGAGUGGAGGUCCUCCACCAGGGGGCCUGGGGCACCGUGUGCGAUGACCUCUGGGACCUGAACGAAGCCCAGGUGGUGUGCCAACAGCUGGGGUGCGGACGAGCCGUUGCGGCCCCUGGAAAGGCUCACUUUGGCCCCGGCUCCGGAAACAUCCUCCUGGAUAACAUUCAGUGUUCAGGAAGUGAGAACCACCUUGGCCAGUGCCCUAGCUCUGGCUGGUUGGACCACAAUUGUGGCCACCAUGAGGACGCAGGUGUCAUCUGCUCAGACAGCUCUGUGCCAAGUCCCACUUGCGAUCUAGGAAGUAACUCUUGUGGGGGAGUAAUUUCAGGCCUCUUGGGCUCCUUCUCCAGUCCUUGGUAUCCAACGAACUACCCCACUGACGUGGAGUGUAUCUGGGUGAUACAUGUGGCUGAGAAGUUCCACAUAGAACUGGCGAUCCCAAGCCUGAAGUAA